AUGAGCACCGUUACGACGACGCUCGCUGCCGAGCAUCACAAGGACGAUAGCGUCAUCACCGACGCUGGAGACAUUGCGCUGCAGCCGCUGCCCCGUCCGCACCACACAUCGAGCCGCACCUCUCACAACGACCAUCAGCAUCGCGCGAGCGUCGAUCUCCAUACUACCGAGACAACUGGACAGGAUGAGACGGAAGAUCGGUCGUUCGGCGCAACACCAGCUUCAGGUCACAGCGACCUUGACGUCAAAGGCACGCUGCUGCUGGCCGUUCAGCAUGCGUCGUCUUCGUGGGGGUUCCGCUCCGCUGAGUUUGCCUACCCGCUCAUGAUGGUCGAGCUCUUCACCAACACCCUUCUUCCCGCGUCGAUAUACGGCUUUGUCACCACAGCAGGUGCUAUCCUGUUCUCGAACAAUGUCGGACGUCUCAUCGACACGUAUGCGCACACCAAGCUGCGUACGCUUCGAGCCAUGAUCUUGUCGCAGAAGCUGCUCGUAGGUGCUUCGUACGGCCUGUUCCUGGUGCUCUUUUCGUCUUCGUCGCUUCGGACCGAGGCGGAGAACGGAGGUAAGGGACCACAGGCCAUGGAGGCCAAUACAAGGCCGUGGGCGAUCUUUGCAGCCAUCACGCUGCUGGGCAUCGGCAUCAUGCUCUCCAACGUCGGCGUCAGUGUAGGUGUGGAGAGGGAGUGGGUGACCAUCAUCAGCGAUGGAUCUUCCGCGAGGCUGACACGCCUCAACGCAAUCAUGCGCAGGAUCGAUCUGAUAUCGAAACUCGUCAGUCCGCUGUUCGUGUCGGCGCUGACUUCGACCAUGAGCUACACGCUCGCUGCGGUGGUGUUGCUGUCGGUGAAUGCGGUGACGGGCAUCUUUGAGCUCGUGUUCGUCGGUACGGUUUAUCGAAGGUUCCCGUCGCUAGCAGCGGACGAGAAGGCUGCGAUCGCAAGAAGACAGGCAGCCGCGCAGAGCAGAGCAGACUCCGGUGCUCACGCAGGUCGGUCAUCAGCGCAUCAAGGCGCAAAAGCACGGCUUGCAGGAAUGGCAUCGAGGAUAGCCACCUCUGUCACCGACGACGUCAAACAACAGUAUCGCGACUGGAGCCUCUUCGUGCGACUGCCGAUCUUCCUCACCUCGGUCUGCAUCUCGCUGCUGUACAUGUCGGUGCUCUCGUUCGACCCGACGUUCAUCGCGUACCUCAAGUCCGAGACGCUGUACAGCGAUGCUUUCAUCGCCGGCAUGCGAGCGGUGGGCGUUGUGACCGGACUGAUCGGCACGUUCGUGAUGCCGAUGAUGGAGAAGAAGAUAGGCUUGGUCCGGACCGGAUCCUACUCGCUGUUCGCCGAGCUGGUGCCUCUUGUUCCGGCGGUGGUGUCGCUCUGGAUCACCGGUUCUUCCAAGGAUCGGUUCGGGUUGUCAGACAAGCAGCGGCCGAGUUGGAACACUGCAAUACUGUUCUCUGGCUUGGCGCUAUCGAGAAUCGGACUUUGGGCUUUCGACCUCACACAGCUGGCCAUAAUACAGACGGCUCUCUCGCCGGAACAGCUUGGUCCCGAUGCUGGUCGAAAGAAUGCGUUGAUGGCGCUCCAAUUCUCGCUCCAGAACGUGUUCGAUCUCGGCCAUUACGGACUGACGCUUGGAUGGAACAGGCCGGAGGAGUUCAAGUACGCCGCCACAGUCUCGCUGGCAGCGGUGGGAGCAGCUACGUUGAUCUACCUCGUCUUCUACGCUCGGCGUGUUCGAGGCCACAUCGUCCAUCUGGAAGGUCUGCAGCGUUUGCUCAGUCGAAAGGAACGAUGA